AUGCGAGCCACCCCUCUGGCAGCUCCUAUGGGCGCUUCCUCCAGGAAGAAGCAGUUGAAGUUGGAUGAUGACCUAGACACUGAGUGUCCCACCCGGAAACAAGCUCGCAGUGGACCCCAGCCCAGGCUGCCCCCCUGCCCACUGCCCCUGAGACCAUCCCCUACUCCAGUUCGUGCCUCUACUGUGACCACUGCCUCCCGGCUUGGGCCCUAUGUCCUCCUGGAGCCCGAGGAGGGCGGCCGGGCCUACCGGGCCCUGCACUGCCCCACAGGCGUUGAGUACACCUGUCAGGUAUACCCGGUCUGCGAGGCCCUGGCGGUGCUGGAGCCCUACUCCAGGCUGCCUCCCCACAGGCAUGUGGCACGACCAGCAGAGGUCCUGGCGGGCACACACCACCUUUACACCUUUUUCCCGCGGCCCCAUGGGGACAUGCACAGUUUGGUGCGACACCGCCGCUGCCUGCCGGAGCCGGAGGCUGCAGGGCUUUUCCGUCAGAUGGCCACCGCCGUGGCACACUGUCACCAGCAUGGCCUAGUCCUGCGAGACCUCAAGCUGCGCCGCUUUGUCUUCACCAACUGUGAGAGGACAAAGCUGGUGCUGGAGAACCUGGAGGAUGCCUACGUGCUGACUGGGCCAGACGACUCCCUAUGGGAUAAGCACGCGUGCCCGGCCUAUGUGGGACCUGAGAUCCUCAGCUCGCGGGCAUCCUACUCAGGCAAGGCAGCGGACGUCUGGAGCCUUGGCGUGGCGCUCUACACCAUGCUGGCUGGCCACUACCCCUUCCAGGACUCAGAGCCUGCCCUGCUCUUUGGCAAGAUCCUCCGGGGGGCCUACGCUCUGCCUCAGAGCCUCUCGGCCCCGGCCCGCUGCCUAAUUCGUUGCCUGCUUCGACGAGAGCCAGCUGAGAGGCUCACGGCCUCAGGCAUCCUCCUGCACCCCUGGCUUCGGGAGAACCUGGUCCCCUCAGUCCCAUCCCGAGCCCACCUCUGGGAGGCUGACCAGGUGGUCCCGGAAAGGCCAGGGCUGGAGGAAGUCGAGGAAGAGGAGGGAGAAAGGGAAAUGGGUUUAUAUGGGUAGGCCUACCCUACCAGACUCAGCUGUGAACUGUGGGUUGGGUUUGUGGCAUCCCCAAGCUCCCCCUGCCUCUUUGAGACAAACCUUAAGUGCCUUCUAGAAGGGGAGAAGAGGUGUGUGGAGCACGCUGUGUGCCGCCGGUGCGGUUCUACCUGUGCGCGGGCUCAGCUUCCACAGGUCUUCCCUGGGAGCUCGCUGUGGGCCCCGUUCUAGGUGCUGAGAACACAGCUCUGAACAAGACACACCCCUGCUCACAGAGCUGAUGCUGCUUUUCCAAACCCACAGGCCAGUGUGUGUCCUGGGCCGGGUCCACUUAGUGCAGGUGAUGGCAUCCACUCGUGCUGGUGCCCGGCACCUCCGCCAUGGGACGGUCCCCUUCAGCCAACCCAGCUGCCUUUGUGUGUGCACCUUUCGGAGAAAAGGAAGCGCCCUGUGCCAAAGGCUCCAGUCUCGCCCCUGCAGCUUCGGGCUCCAGAGCCCUGGCGGGACUUCUGCAGAGAAGUGGGGAUUCUCUGUCCAGGCCUGAGCCAAGCAUUUGGGCUGGAAGAGCAAGAGUGCAAAUUGUGAGGAGGCUCCUCAUCACCCCCGAGGAGUGUUUGGGAUGAAGGUCCAGGCCAGUCUGCCUCGCCGCCCCUGGCCUGAGCACUGGAGUUGGGGCCCAGACUAGGUGGGGUCUGCCCCCUGGCCUCCUGGAAAGUCCUAAACCCAGUUCUGGGGACACUUGGGGCCUAGAACCCCACAUCAGCACUGUAGGUUUUCGAUUCCAUGACUAUAUAUUUUUACC